GAUUUAGUAUUUUUCGAAUCAGUCAGUAUUUAGUUGUUGUCGAGAGCGCAAUUGGUUGUGUGUAGAGGGUGCCCCGACAGUCGCGUUUUAUCGACAGAGAAGUGAAGAAAAGGUGCAGAGGAGUUAUCGUACGUACGAAAAAGGCAGCAUCAGUAUCAGCAACUUCAGCAGCAGCAACUGCAGCAGCAGCAGCAGCAGCAGAGCACUAGCAAUCGCCCCAGCAUCAGCAAUCGAAGCAACAGUGUGUAUCCAUGUGGUGAAAAUAGAUAAUCAAGACCAAAGCAGCGGGAGCAAGAGAGUGAGAGAAAAUGGACGAGCUUUGAGAAGUGAAACAGUAGAACGAAGGAGAAAACCUGAAUCGUAGACGUUGUGGGGGAGUUAAAAAGAAUAAAAAAGAUCGCACACCAUCUGUGGCAAAUAGGCAGAGACGGCUGUUAGCGGUAAUCGAGGGGAAGGGACACUUGCAAUAGCAGCAGCCGUAGCAGCAGGUUGAGGGCAGCAUCAUCCGCACGGUAGCCAACGUAGUAACAACCUUCCACCAGAAGAAAUUGCGUUUCAGAUUCCAGUGUGGAUAAGCCGACCAGCGCAGGCAGACAGUGGUGUGACAGCCCCGUUUGCCCUCUGUGACGAUCGCCAGCUGCAAGGUGGAAUAGAUCCAGCAAAUAAGUGUGCGUUAGUGCGUGUGAAGUGCGUUAGUGCCAGCGAGACAAGGACACGGUAUCCAGACACAAAGUGUGCCCCCGUUUCCCCCUACCCACCCCACCCCAGGACUCUCAACCGUACUGCUACGCGAGCUCCGAAACGACGAAUAUCGAUCGGACGAGUGCUGCUCAAUCGAUAGGCAAACUCGAGAUCGGUCCGCAGCAUCGCUCAGGUGUGGUGUGUGUGUGUGUGUGUGGUACAACUGUUAGCAGCGAACAGUGCGUGCGUGCGUGCGUGCUAAACGAUUCAAACAUCUCCAUCUCUCUCCCACUCCCAUCCGUCGCGUUGUGCACCAGUGCUCGUCGUCGCCUGAUCCCGCGGUUUUUGCUUCUUUUCGUUUUUCGUUCGUUCGUUCGCGUGCGGUCACCGCAUAUAUCCGCAAGUGCAAGUGCAACGAGGUGUACUCCACGUAGCAGUUGAGCAGGGAAGGAAGUCUCGGAGUAAAAUCGGAAGCAAAAGAAGCGAAGCAAUCGGCUUAGAAUUCGCGAGUGAAAACGCAGCGUUAAGAGAGUAAUACAAUCGGCACCGCUCUGCUGCUAUUUUGCGGAAGCUGCUCCUCCGGUGUGCGUGUGCGGCCUGUGCUUGUGUACCGAACCGUGUGUGUGCACGGUAGCAGUGCGGCAACAGCAGCAGUUGUAGUAGUAGUAUUAGCAGUAGUCGACGUGGUGCGUACGUGUGUGCCAUACGCGGUAGUAGACGGCUAACUGUGUGUCCAGCGCAGUCCGCCCUCCAUCUAUUCUUUUCCCGCGCGGUGUAUCAACGGAAAAUUGGUUUUCAUGAUAUCUGCUUGGAUAAAUCCCUAUAAUGAGAAGUGCGGAACUUUAAAAGUUCCCGACUCUUACUCCCAACGGAUCAUGGACAGCUAUCAUGUACAGACGCAGCAGAACAGUUACGGCAACAGCUGCACGAAUGGCACCACUGGCCGCCACGGCGGUGCCGCCGGACCAACGACGACGAUCUACACCAAUGCACACGCCUACCCGGUGGCUUCGUUCAACUACGCCACGAUGAGCUACGCGCACUCGGAGGGUGGCUCCGUGUCGCCGCCACCGUCGCCCCGCUCGAACAGCUCCAUCUCGUCGGCCUACUCGUCCGCAUCGUCCACGGCCGCCUCCCUGUCGGCGGCCUCGUCCGGCUCGUCCUCGUCGUCCGCUUCGUCGUCCUCGUCCUGUAUCUCGUCGGCCGGUUCGGAGACGGGCGCCUCCUACGAGCAUCUAGACAUCACGGCCCAGCGGUUAGCGGUGCUGUCGUUCGAGCAGGUGAUGAAGCUGAACGACGUCAUGAACGAGCCGGUGUCGAUACACGGCCGCGGCAACUUCCCGACGCUCGAGGUGAAGCUGAAGGAUCUGGUCAACAUUGUGCGCGAGAAGCUCGAGGCGGACGUCGUCGCCGGCGGUGCCGGCAUGACGGUAAAGGACAUCCGUCUGAACGGUGGCGCAGCUAGUCAUGUGUUGGCGUCCGAGCCGCAGCCAUACAACGAUCUCGAUCUGAUUUUCGCCGUCGACUUCAGCACCAGCCGGAGCUACGAUCGCGUCAAGUCGGCCGUGCUGUCCUCGCUGCUCGACCUGAUGCCGGAGGGCGUCGUCAAGCGCAAGAUCACGCAGUGCUCGCUGAAGGAGGCGUACGUCGGCAAGAUGGUGAAGGUGAACAGUGAUGGCGACCGCUGGAGUCUCAUCUCGCUCGGCAACUCGCCCGGCCACAAGAACGUGGAGCUGAAGUUUGUCGACACGAUGCGCCGGCAGUUCGAGUUCAGCGUCGACUCAUUCCAGAUCGUCCUCGACUCGCUGCUGCUGUUCUACGACUGUGCCGAGAUGCCGAUGAUCACGGAAAACUUCUACCCGACGGUGGUGGGCGAGUCGGUGUACGGCGACUUCCAGGAGGCGCUGUACCAUCUGCAGAAGAAGCUGAUCUCGACGCGCCAGCCGGAGGAGAUCCGUGGCGGCGGGCUGCUCAAGUACUGUAACCUGCUGGUGCGCAACUACGUCCCGGUGGACCCGCAGCGCAUCAAGACGCUCGAGCGGUACAUGUGCUCGCGGUUCUUCAUCGACUUCCCGGACAUUGGCCAGCAGCGCAGCAAGCUGGAGUCGUACUUGAAGAACCACUUCUUCGACGAGGGCGAGGAGCACCUGCAGCACCAGUACCUGAUGCAUUUAUUCGAGGUCGUCGAGCAGUCGACCGUAUGUCUGAUGGGACACGAGCGCCGCCAGACGCUCAUGCUGAUCGAUUCCCUUGCCAUGGAGAUCUUUUACCGCGAUCAGCAGCAGCAGCAUCAGCAGCAACAGCAGCAACAACAGUCAUCGGCCACCCUCACUCAGCAGCAACAGCAGCAGCAGCAACAGCACACCACGCUGCAGCUGCAGACGCAAAUGUCCCAUCUGUCGCUGUCUCCGCAGCAGCUCUCCCCCCAGUCGCCCACACUGAUGGCCCAUUCGCCCAACCACCAUCAGCACCAGGCGCAAACACAGCAGCAGCAAUCGCAGCAGACAUCUCCACAGUGUGCGACGUCGGCACAGCAAGUACAACAGUCUCAGCAGUCGCAGCAGCCACAGACGCAACAACAGACGACUGCGAUCGCCCAGACCCAGGCCAUCGCGCUGGCACCGCAACCGGGCCUGCUGUAUGCGAACGGUAUCUACUACGCUCCGCUCAUUCCCUACACCCAGUGCACGUGUAACAGCUGGAUAACGACGUGAUUAGUGAGCCCGCUGCCGGCGGUGGCAGGCCACAGUAGUAGCAUCAUCAGCAUUGCAGGCACCGACCUAUCGCCGGAAUUAACCGUCGAAACAUCACCAUCCACACCACCACCACCACCACCACCACCACCAACAUCAUCAUCAUCGUUAUCAUCAUCAUCCUAUCUUACCGGUCCAUCGCAGUCCCCAGCGCUGCUAGUUUCACCCUCAACAAGCGCAACGAUCACACAGGAAUGUCCUUUCACCGCCGGCUGCACGCUCGGGAGUCGCCUUUCGGCGCCCUACUUCUCAUCGCCGGCUUGCCUAGCAAGUGAUGCGGCACGAGGAUCCGGCAGACAGCAGCAACAGCCCAUCACAACCGCCACCCUUUCGAUUGUUCCGGUGGAUUUGCAGUCAUCGUCUCUGUCACCAGCCUCACCAACGGCAUCGUUGUCGUCGUCGUCGCCGUCAUCGCACCCAUCGUACGUGUACGCUGUCCCCGGCGAUCACUGCUACUACUACUAUCCCUGUCAACCAGAACUUCUGCUAGAGGAUGGUUCCGAGCGAUGAUCAUUCAAUACAUCAGUAAGCGGAGUCCUACGAGGCUGUGACUAAAACGAAGAAGAAUGCGGAAAACAGAGAUAGCAACGCAUGCCAAAAAACGUAUGCAAAACAGCCACAGUUUUGGAUGUUUGUGAGUAGAAGCGGAUGAAAAAUGGUAGGGAAUCUUCCGAACGAUUUUUAACCUUCUCUGAUAGUCGAGCUCUGUCCUGUCUCGAGGGCACUAUACAGAUGGUCACGUUCGCAAUAACGAUUCACAAUGCGUGCUUGCAGUACUGCAACUGCGUCUUGGGCGCCACCGUUUUGCGCCACGACCCUAGUGCGUAGCGUUUAAUUGAUAAGACGCAAACCGACGGACAAGCAAACACAAAACAAUAUGGCGAUCGAAUUUUUAAUACUAUGCAACUAUCAAACAAAAUUAAAAAAAAAGCAUAAUAUCGAAGGUAAAAGCGGGGGACGACAAAAACAGGAACAAGAUGUAGACUUUGAACAAACCACCAACGCGAAGCGAAUCAUGCAUUGGCAUGUGCGGUGAAGUAAAAGUUAGCGAAGCGGUAGAUAAAAAAAACAACAACACACAACAAACAAACUAGUAGUACAAGAAACAGGAAUGGGAAUUAUAUUGCGUAGCCUACGAAUUUGAAAUAUCUGUACGUUACAAACAAAAUAAGCGGAAAUAUAAAUUUGAAGUAUUUUAUGAAAAACGCGCACCACCACCAUAAGAAGCUAAAACAAAAACAAAAUAAUUAGAGUAUCUCAAAAAUGAACGAAAUUAGCGCACACAAGUCCCGAGAUUGUUGCUAUCGAUUGGUUUUGUUUGUAGAAAUGGUGCACUGUCAUCUGUUCUUGUGGCAUCUUCAGUUUGUUAUGCUCAUUUCAACACUCGAUAUCUCAUGUGGACCUGUGACUAUCAUUCGAGUGCUCGAGUGCUGUUUUUUUUGCUAAACAUACCAGUUUGUACAUGGUGACCGCUGAACAGAUCGCUGAACUAUCGCACCUGUUUACGUCAUUGUCCAAAGUAUCCUUACUUUGUGUGUGUGUUUUAAGGGGUUUCCCCACUUUCUAUUCUUGUGCGGAUCGUGCGGAGAAACGUGUUAGGUAAGGCAGAAGAAGGAAGGGCGUAAUCGGACACUGUGAUUUGGGAAGGGUGCGGGAGGAUAUUUGUGCGUCUGUUUGUACACCGCGCGAACGCGGCACAAUCGAACCGGGCAAACCACUUAACGAUAACAAGCAAUUCAUCCCACAGGCUCAUUGCGCGGGAACGUGUUCAUUUCGAUGUAACUUCGAUGGUGUUUGUUCAUGUUUGUGUGUGAGUGUGUGCGUAUACAUGGCUAUUUCCGGUGUGCUAGUCUUUUCUUUAAACAUGUAUGUUGUGACGUUUGCUGUCAUCGACCCCCACCAACUUACCCGUGGGGCGAUUGGUGAAGAUCAUUGCGAUCUCUGCUUGGUGUAUGGAAUAUCGUGCCAUUGUUUUCGGACUUUGAAGUAUGCAGUGAAAGCAGAGAAUAUUUCCGUACGGGACGUAACGCACCCAUAGCUAACCAUUCGCGAUAAAUCGUACUCCAUUUUAUGUGUAAUUAAAAAUUACUACAGAGCCAAGCUACCAAACAAAAACCCACACCAGCGCAUAGAUCUGUGCAUGUACUUAUCAGAGACCGUUUUAUCCGCCCGUCUUGCAUUACCGAUCGCUGAAGCAUACGGGGGCAAAUGUUACCACUUUUAACUGAUCCCGCCGGCUGAUGGCGAACAAAACAAGUGUCCAGCACCACAACCGGCAAAUGAUGCUGUAAAUAAUUGUAAAGAAAUCACGUACUGAAGACUGCUGUUUACGUAAGAACAAAAAAACCCCAAUGCAUCACGUGGUGAAUGCAUUCAAGUGUGCGAUUGAUGGACACUAUGAUGUAUGACUGGUCUGGGUGAGUGUUCGCUCAAUUUUGGAUAUGUUUCAUCCUACUCUUUCUCUCCUUAUCGGCGAGGCAGAGUAAAGCUGUUGUAAUUAAUACAACAACAACAACAACAAAAACUACAAAAUGUACGAAAUGCGAAGGCCACAGGAUCUCACAAACGGUUUGCCGAAGCGUUACAGCGUCUAUGGGAAAAGCGUCACUUAGAGAAAGGAGUCGUUCGACCUUUUAGCGCUUCCGUGGUUGUUGUGGAUGUUGGAACUAUCGGGGAUUCGGGAAGGAUAAGAAAAACUGAGCACAGUCGCCAACACGAGUGACAGAAAACUACAGCUCCAUAGAUAUACAUAUAUUUUGGAUUGCAUGUUUGUUGAGGAAGCGCUAGGCUUCAUUUAUUUACCGGAGCGUCUAGCAACCUUCCCUCUUCUACCGGGACAUAGAGGGAACGUGGGGUGGGUAGCUGUGGAUGGAGAUGUACAUGGGAUGGUGUAGCAAAAAUGGUGUAGAUGGUGAAACAGAGAAGCUUAAAAAAUGAACGGUGAAAUGUGAAAAAGUUGUUAUGCAAAGUUGGCGAAAGAACAUAUGAGAAACGAGGAAAUGGAGAAAAGGAAGAUGAAUAAGAAGCAGAAGAAGCAGAAGAAGAGAAGAUGAGAUGUCAUAAGAGAGAUAAUAAAAGUAACAGAUGAUGAGUAAGAAGAAAAGCAAGAAGAAGUAAAAGAAGAAAAAUGUAGAAGAAGAACAUCAGGAUGAGAAACAAAACAAAAAAAUCUAAUUACUGAGACAUGGCUGUGUUUAUUCCUCCUCACAAUUUGUUUUUAAGAUGCUAUAGAUACCAGCAAUGCGUAACGAAUGUUGAACGGAAAACGAGAGUGAAAUUCUGGCUAAGUAGUGUGAGCGUUUCUGCGGGAAAGAAGGAGUUUCGUGGUCGUUCGGUAGACAUGAAUCGAAAGCGGAAGUGGACGGAUAAGAAAAGGAGUGGUUUAAAAACGCAGAAGAUAAGCAUUAAUAAUACAACUGCGACACGAGAAACGUUCACGGAAGAUGCGCGAAGCACGAUGCUGCUGCUAAAAAAUGGAAGGAGAUCAAGAUACAAACAAACAAAAAAAAAACAAAAAAGGCACUAUUGUAAACGCAAGAAACCCGAUAGACUGUUGGGAUGUUGUAGGUGAUAACAUCGGCGAUAGGAGGAACACACACGACACUCAUUGUUAAUGCAUAUAUGCUUUUAAACUAAAUAUUUGUCCAAAUGUUAAUUGACUGAUGUGGCUCGUGACUUCCCGCUCCCCGCUCCCCCUCUCCUGUGUGGGGGGGCUGAGCGCUAGAGAGACAAUGAAGGGACGGGAUGGGAGUGUGCUGUAUGGGUGUUAGAAAGAGGGGAUGAACACAUCAGCAGAUUGAAACGAGAUUUCAGAAGUGUUGCAAAAAAAAAAUGCUGGUAAAUGUACGUAUUUUACUUAACAUGUUGAAAUGUUGGCACAUUCGGUUCACGAAAAAAGGGUCCGAAAACAUCAACAAGAGAGUUAAAGAUUUGCUGUGUAUGUGUGUUUGUGUAGGUAAAGAGCAGAAGAAAACAGUACAGUGGUAUGCGUAUACUAUUAGCCCGGAGUACGAUUGAACAUGAAGUGCGUGUUGCUGCCGUGCCAGUUACACGAAGCGAGCAGCAAAACUCACAUCAAACUUUCCAAUAGCGCCAUGUCGAGAUAGGAAGCAAAAAGUAAGAGUUAAAAAAAUGAAUGUUACAACAUACAAAACUAUAACGCUACGGUAACAGCAAUUAAAACUACAGAGAGCAAGCAAAAAACAACAACAGAAAACAAGGAAACCUUGUAAACAACAAUUAAGUAAUGAAAAACAAGACAUACAAAUACAAAAACAUAUAAAACUAGAGCAACAGACAUAAAAACAACAGAAAAAAAUAGUAAAGUCUCAACAAAGAAAACAACACAAAAAAAGUUCAUCAUAAAUAGUGUUAAUUAAAAAAAACAACCAUACAAUGACUACUAUGCAUUAAACGAUUUAUCCAAGCUCUAUCGCGUUACGAGAGGCGUGUUAGAAUAAAUCGAUGUCUUGCCAACAGUUAGGGACCGCACGAGCCUCUCUGAAAGCUCCUUGACGACUGGAAUCGGGAAACCAGAAGACGACGGACAAACUAGUAGUAGACCGACGACAAUACACACUACAAAAAGGACAUACACUUUUAAACUUCAACACUAACUUCCAACUCUCAAAUCCAUCGCUAUUCGAAAGCUUACGAAUGUUGCUAGCGGCAAGCAGGCAAGCAGGGGCCGUAUUCUUAUCAACACCUUGUUACGUCCAUUGGUUGUCGAGAAGGUGCGAGCGGGAGAGAGAGAGAGAGAGAGAGAGAGAGAGAGAGAGAGAGAGAGAGAGAGACGCAAACUAAGAACACAAAACGCCCGCCAGCACGACAAUCGACCUGAUCGGUAGACAACUAUUAUUACCGCAAUUCUAUGUUUGUUUUGCUUAGUUUAUGAUACUAUGUUGAUUAAUUUAUUAGGUUAAAGCGAAUAAUCUACCACAAACGUUCAGAGAACAAACCAUACAAGCUAUGUUGUUCCAUUCGAAUAACUCUCACUCUCUUUAGAGUGGUAGUUUUUUUUUUCGUCAACGGAGGUUUCAUGUUGGUCUCUCUGUACCUUUUUUUCACCUUCAUUCGAUAUGAAUUAAAACCAACGUGAAACUGGAACCGGUAACCCCGAAACACGGUGCAACGAUCCGCGCAGAAGCGCAAAAAACAACCAAAAAAGCCACGAACUUCAAUCUAAAUUACUGACUCAAAACACACUAUCGUGCUUUUUGCACUCCGCAUAGGAGAUCCUGGGUCGUCUCCGGAUUGGUCCUUGCGGAAACCCAGAGUAACAGCUUCUGGGGACACAAUAAUGAUUUUGUACAUCAUUAUUGCCAUCCUACAACGGAGAGUUGAUGCAACACUCACUCACACAUACACACACCCGGUGAUCGUGGUUAUCGGAUUAACGACUGAUUGUAAAAUCCUGAAGAGAAAUUGAUAAUUCGUAUUAGGACAACACCUUAUGUUUUGAGUUCUAUCCUACCGGGUUGGGUUAGCGAUAUCAUGUCAAGUGCGCGGAAAGAAGGCAACCAACGGGAGGGCAACUCCGAUAAAAUGCGAAGGAAGACAGCAGGAGCUCAGUGACAUGAAACGGAAUAUUAAAGAAAACGAACACACAUACAUACAAACACACUGAGCUGAAGAAAUGGAGACAGCGGGAUCAGACAAAACACACACAACACAUUUUUUGCAUUCCUUUGGUUCUUUAGUUUGUAACUUCGAUUGCUACUAAUACUGUUCACGAAACACUCUAAUCAGUAAGACCGAUGUACGGGGGUUCGGCUGGAAAAUGUAGCAAGAGAGAGAGAGAGAGACUCUUUGCAAAACACAGAAAAGUUCCCCCCGCAUGAACACUUUUUAAACUGCAAUAGACGUAAAGCUCUUGUGAGCAGCAAAAUUCCACACCUAACACUAAACGAGCAUUCAAAACAGAAGGCAGAUUACUGGAAAAUACACACAUACACGCUCCACACGCAGAAAAGAAGAACCGGGUGUUGACAGCUUGCAAAGCAACUUGAAAGGACGGCGUAAGCAAAUGUCUAAUGAAUGAAUAGCGAAGAUCAAACAGAACAAACUGAAAAGGUGUAAACGAUUCCCAACCAUCUACAAUAUUCGGUGGUAAAAGGAUUCGUUGCAAGCAAAACUAAAAAAAAAACAACAAACAAAAUAAACAAACCCUCUUCUACCUAAUACCUUUAAAUGAAUGUGGAUAAAUCUAUGCGAAAGAUAAAUACGUAUGACUACAAACAUACAAAACAAACAAAAACAAAAAUACCAAGGCAAGGACAUUGAGAUCGUGUUAGAUUUCUGUCAAAGCGUUCUAAUCUAAUGUGAAGAGUAUAAAAAAAUCUUACACAAAAAAAAAAACAAACAAACAAACAAACUAUAUUGCAAAAUGCAAGCAAAAAAAAGUACAUUAAAAAAUUGUAUGAAAAAAUGUGAAAAAAUACAUAAACUUGUGAAGUUAUUACAAACUAGAAAUAUUACUAAGAAGCAGUAGUACAGUACACAGUACCAUUAGUAAGAUGUAAGAGGCAUCCGUAUUGCGAUUUAAGGGCACGCACGUUUUCCGUUUCCGUUGCCCUCUGUCCGCCGACCCUGCUCUCGGUCCCAUUUGCCGACGAAAGGGGAAGGGUAGGUAAGGGGUGCAGCGGAGGUUGAUCGAUCGAUCGGGAGGAGUGAUUCUAUUGUUGCGACAGCAGUGUAAAAUGUUUUAAAGACAGGAACCUGAAAUCAAAAUGAAACAAAAAAGUCCAUGGCAGCGACUAUGCAGAUAUGAUUAGGAAGGGCGAAGCCGCAAACACAGAAGAGGUGGUCUCUUUCAGCCUUCAGCUUACGAAGAGAGCCUAAGAUACACAACAACGCACUGGUCUCACAACAGUAAGUCAUCAAAAUGAUACACAACAAGAAGCCCACUUACACCAGGACGGCAACACAUACAAUCUAAGCAAGCCGUGUUGUAAAAAGGGUGAAAGCUAAAGAGCGAAAUGCAGCUGAAAUAGAGAGGGAAGGAGAGACAGUGAGCGAGCUGCUGUAAAUUGCGAACGCGCGUGCUGUAAACGUAAUAUUGAUGCAAUAUUGUAUCGUAUGUGUGCGUGUUUCAUUUCUCUUCAUCUGAUCGAGAUUUGCGAUCGAGAUUGUGUCGAAUGGCAGCGUUUUUAAGUUUGGACAAGGGUGGGUUAAAAGCUAAAGCAAGAGAGCAAUCGGGAAGGGCAUGAGGAGAUAGAAAAGGAGCUUGAUCGGGAGUGCAUCAUGCUGCACUGUAACGGACGGUAAAAGAGUGUUUAAGUUUGUUGCUUUGAGUCUCUUGAAUCUGUUCGAUAGGUAUGCUUUAAUACGACAAGAAAAAAAAAACAUUGUCAUAAAUUCUUCCCAUUUAUAACACAAAGAAAAUCUUCCCAACUCGUAUCGUUUCCUCUUUCUUCGACUAAUAAGACCCCUCCGAUAUUGCAACUGCUAUUCGUGUGGCAUGAUGCACUCUCGACAAUGCACCCUUCCAACAGAAUGGAAACAGGAAAAUAGGAUAUUCUGAUGCUAAAAAUAAUAAGCAGCAUUAACAACAGAAAGAUAGUGUGGAGGGAGGAAGAUCGCGCUUGCUAGUGGGUGGUGUAGAGAAAAGGAACAUAUGAAGCAUGUGUCAUUAUAUAAAACAUAAUUUAAUUUACUAUUAUUACUAUUGAAAUAGAAAUAAAGAUUAGUUUUUUUCUGAAAAAUACCAAUAAAAAUGAUAAACAAACACAAAAAACUAAAA